UGCGCAUGCGUCUAUAGGAAAAGGCGUGCAGCGUGUAUCGCUGCCUAACUUGCAUUCCGAUGGAUCUCUUAAUCAUCAAACAGUCAGAAAUGAUGUGAAAUCGUGGGGUAAUUUUUUUUUCUUUCUUUCUUGUAAGCUUGUAACUGGCGAAGUACUAGUCAGGACUGUUUCAAAAUAAGACCAGCCGAGCCAUACUGGACACGUCCUACUACUGAGGAGGUCUGAGGACAAAAAACAUUAACACGACCACUCUUUCUUCAAAUGGUAACAUUGGCAUCGCUGAGUCCUGGUAUGGGAAGGAACUAGCUAGCUGUUGGUAGCUAGUCAUAAAUCAUUGGGUGGAAGCCGCUGUAAAAAAAGAAAGAAAAAAGAAAACAAGAAAAAAGAAGAGACGCAGUCCUGAGGUGGAAAUGACCAAACGAAAAGGGUAACGCCAUGUGCUGUUCGGAGAUGAGAGCGCGUAGGAGCAUGUGAAGAUGUCCCUCAAGACAGCAAAAAGAGUAACUGAAAGUUCCAGUGAAGGAAGACAAAAGGGUACCAGGAUUAUUUACUUUUUGUAUGUGCUGACGUUAAAAGCAUGGUCCAUCAGACUGAUAACGGUGCUGCUCUUCUUCGUCUCCUUCUACUUCUCCCACGUGUUUCUCCAGAGUUACACAGGCACCGGCAAGCCCCCCGCCCCCAGCAAGACGGCGUGCGACGGCUGGAUGAUGUCGAAGAAGUGGGAGGCCCUCGGCUUUAAUGUGAGCAGAAACACGCAGCUGUUCCUGAGGCUGGGGGAUUUCUUCUGGAAAGACUGCUCCUCGUCGCUGCCGUUACCGUACGGCAUAAAGGGCAGCGAGGCGUACCUCCUGAAGGUUCUGGCCAGCGCGGCGAGCUACAGAAUGCCAGACAGCGUCAAGAGCUCGCUGUGCAGAACCUGCGUGGUCAUCGGAAACGGGUUCAGCAUCAAGAACAGCUCGCUAGGGGGCGCUAUAAACAAGUACGACGUGGUGAUCAGGCUGAACGACGCUCCCGUACGGGGCUACGAGGACGACGUCGGCAACAAGACCACCAUGCGCUUCUUCUACCCGGAGUCGGCCUCCUCCAACCCCGGCGUCCACAACGACCCGGACACCCUCAUGGUGCUGGUGCCCUUCAAACAGCAGGACCUGCGCUGGAUCAAGGAGAUCCUCAAUGACGAGAAGAGGGAGAGGAAGGGGUUCUGGAAGCCCCCUCCUCAGUUCUGGCUGGGGAACCCCAAGCAGCUCCGCAUCCUGGACCCCUUCUUCCUGCACCAGACCGCCAGCCGGCUGCUCAACAUCCCCCUCAAGCCAAAGAGCAACCAGAAUCCCGUGCACCCCACCACGGGGAUCUUGGCCAUAUACGUCGCCCUCAACUUCUGCGACAUGGUGCACGUAGCCGGAUUCGGGUACCCCGGGUCGAGGAACCCCAAGCAGCCCAUUCACUACUACGGGCAGGACACAAUGAAAUCCAUGAAGGAUUCCUACCAUGACCUCAGACAUGAAGCAGACGCUAUAAAGAGGCUGGAGGACUCGGGUGCCAUCCUGUUGCUGAAUCACCCGUCCUGACUGACGGACUGCUUCCGCUCUCACACACACACAUGCGC